ACUCAGAAGAGUCAAUAAGAUUCAUUAAAAAUAAAAUAAAAAUAUAUCAUAAAAUCAACAAUGAUUUUUAGCUUUGCAAUUGUUGUAUUCGUUAUAAGUUGUGCAAAUGCAUUACCUGAAUUUCAUCAUUCCCCAUCAUCAUAUAAAGACGGUGUAAAAUGGGAAAUAAAUGAAGACAAUAUAAAACAUCAUACAAUCUUUAGGACAGGACCAUACUUUGGAAAACUACCAUUCAAUCAACAUCAAUAUUAUCAACCAGCUCAAUUGAAAUACUACAAAUCUGCCCCAUCAAUUUUACCUAAAAAAUUUGGGGUAUCAUCAUACUCAACCUAUGAUGGUCAACAUGUAGACCUUAAACACAUUGGACAAUAUGAUGCAUCAAUAGAUUAUGGAAAGAAUCAACAACACAGUGCUUACACCCAUGGACGCCCUCAGGGAUACUAUUAUCCAAAACCAAUUACUGGACAGUGUUAAACUAUAAAUUAGUUUAUUUUUUGAUCAAUUGUAUUUUCAUUCAAUCUACCUCAAAUGAUUUUACGGAUAUGUCUCUCUAAAAAAUGAAAAUAAAUUCACAUAUUUUAUGUUUGAAUAUUUACAUGGAUAAUAAUAAAAACGAUGUAAUAAAUUAUGACAAUAAAA